AUGUACUGCAGUGCACAAUCAUCGAAAGACUUUGACCAAUUCAUUGUUAAACGUGCUUGUGUUCCUCUUGGUGGACUUUGCGAGAGUUCAAGAGAUUGUUGUGGACAUGAUGAUCCUAAUUUUGGGUAUUGUCUCUUAUGUCAAGCUCACGGUAUUUUUAUUUCUUAUGGACGACGUCGGUGUGGUUGUGAUUCUACUGGUAGUGUUCCUGUUGACGGCAAAACUAAGAAAAUUAUCGGUGAUCGUUGUGAUGGCCAUGAUGCUUCUAAGACUCGUUGUAAAACGAAGGUUGCUCCUCCUGGUCAUCGUUCUUAUCGUGGUAACAACUUAGGCUCAUCAUAA